AUAAGAAAAGUGUGGAAUCCCGCACGGAUCACGUCUUGAAAAUCGGUGGCAGAUGCCUGAAGAUAGUCAUCCAGCCAGGAGAAGGGGAACUGAGCAACAGCCAGUUUUCAGAGCAGGCAUCCCCCAGCCACUCCGCCUCUUCCGGCUCUUCCCCACCUCCGCAAAGGUUUGAGGAGCAGCAGGCAGCGCAAGGCCAUGGAGACACGGCAACAGAAGUCAUUACCAAAAAGAUAUUUCUUACAGUAUCUGCAACUUUGAAUACCAGUAUGUUCACUGAACAGCAAAGGGAGAAAAUUACCAUUAUAUGUCCGAAUUUAAAGAGAGAAGGAAAUCCUGAUGUUGAUGGCUUGGAGAAAUUGACGGGAGAUUUUACAGAUAUUGAAAAAGCUUAUGACUACUUUAAGGGUAUCCUUGCAGGCAAUGACCCAAACCAUGAUUUUUCACAUUCUGAAAGCAAGAAUGGUUUGAAAGAUGAAAAUGGUCUGAAUACCGAAGAAAUGUAUGAAUUUACAGUUCCGUCAGGUCUCUAUGAAUAUUUCAUUCAUACCUGCAAAGAACAAAUUAAAGAACUAUGUGAACGUUUUGGAGUGUGUAUAAGAAGUAAAGAUCAUUGCAGUGGAACCACAUUAGUAUGGUUCACUUCUGCUAAAAGUCCUGCAUCAAUACAAAAAGCUAAUGAUGAUUUUAUCAGAACUUUUCAGGAAAGUGUAAAAGAUCUGAAACAGGAAACAAUUUCCAUAACAAACAAACACACAUUAAAGGAGACAGUAAUGAAAUUAAAUGCCAGGUUUAGUAAACUUCUUGCCAAAGAGGCAGUGAAUGAAUUGCUACUCCGUGGUCCAGUGAGUGAGAUUUUAGCUGCCAAAAACUUUCUAAGAGAGGAAGAUGAGAACAGCCAAGCUGAAAAGAAUAUGAAAAUAUCAUCUGAACUGUACGAGUACAGGAAUGGAAUUGAAGUUGAUGCUUCUGUGUUUAAAUUGUUGGAAACAAUACUAAGCAAAGAAAUUGAAGACAUUAAAGACAAAUUUAAUACAGUAAUAGAAAAGAAAGACAGUUCAUAUGGCCAGAAGAUGCUCAUAAUAUUCACGCCUAGAAUCAAAACUUCUGAUAUGUCUUCACAUGCUACGGAAAGUUUCAUCAAUGCAUUUCAGAGUGCCUCUGCAAUGUUAACAGAAAAACUCAUCAACUUGAAUCUUUCAGAAGGUCAGAAGAGAAGAUUAAAUAUGCUAAUUAAUGGAAAACAAUUGGAAGAUCUGCAUGUAAAACUUAAGAAGGAGGAAGACAAAUUCAUCUUAAGUGGUUUACCAAACCAUCUUAAUGCUGCUGAAAAGUACAUUGUGAAACAUCUUAUUGAAGACUCAGCACAAAGUAAAAGUAGGACACCACUAUCCUCUGAUCUCAACUAUCAAGAAGCCACAGGAGAAUCUGAGAAGAAAUACAAUGGCAGGCAAAAGAAUAAUCCUUCUUCUGAAGGACAGUCUAAGGCAAAGACAGAAGAUGACAAAGAUAUGUGUCCGAUUUGCAUGGAGACAAUUAAUAAUAAAGAAAUACUGAGAAAGUGCAAUCAUGCGUUUUGUAAAAGUUGCAUCGAUGAGGCCAUGACUUAUAGGCAAACUUGUCCUAUUUGUAAUACUGUCUAUGGAGUCAUGAAAGGAGACCAACCAGAGGGAACAAUGUCAUCUAGAAAGCUGCCUUCAGCUCUCCCUGGUUAUCCCGGUUGUGGUACUAUUGAGAUUACAUAUAGUAUGCAUGGUGGUGUUCAAACUAGCAACCAUCCAAACCCAGGGAAACCUUAUAGUCCAACUUUUCGAACAGCGUAUUUACCUGACAAUAAGGAAGGGCAAGAAAUUCUGCAGCUCCUCAGAAGAGCGUUUAAUCAAAAAUUGAUUUUCACGGUGGGGCAGUCACGGACUACUGGUGCAAAAGGUGUUAUCACGUGGAAUGAUAUUCACCACAAAACGUCCAGGAUUGGAGGACCUACUAAUUUUGGUUACCCUGAUGCUGAUUAUCUGCAGCGGGUUCGAUCAGAAUUGAAAGCAAGAGGAAUUGAAUGA